AAAAAAAAACUUACAAUAUUGUAAUUUAAAUGUGAUUUAUUCUAAAUGUGAAAAUCUGAAUUUAAUUGUUUGGGGGAAUUACAUUUUUACAGCCUAAACUAGCCAUAAAAAAAAACAAAAAUCAAGAUGAAUUAAUUUUAGAUAUUAAAAAUGUGCUCAUCGAUUACUUUAAUAAUUUGUUAAUCCAUUUUAUGCUUCAGUGACUGAGUGCCAGUCUGACACAGAAGGCUCUCCUUGAGAUGUAUGAACUGAAGUCUGUUGAUACUGUGUCACUGCACAAAUACCGUUAAAUACCUUCUGGCACCUUCAAUCUGAUAAACAUUGCGAAACACUCGGCUGGGACAUGUUAUGGUGUGUACAAAAGAGUGUCAGGUGACACAUAUCAUGCUGAGUGAUUCAGGCUUGUAAAGAUGGGAUUACAGUUGCAGAUGUCUGUAAUUCAGUGUCGAGACAACCCAUCUGUGCUUUACUUCUUUUUAGGGCUUUUAUUAGCUCCAAUGUCUAGCAAAACAUGUCUUAUAUGUCAGCAUGUGACAGGUAGAUUUACAGGUAGAAUCCAAUUUCUCUUCAUCUUAUAUGCAAGCCCACUUCAAGACGCUGAUAUUUCUGCAUAACUUUGAACUGAUAUUCACAGUCUGCUUAACACACAAUACUGUUUCAUAUCAAAACCGUGUUUUUUUUUUUAAAUUUUGAAUCACACUUACCAGCAGUCCUGGGAAGUUUGCACCAUUCUUUAUAAAACUGUUGAAUUUCAGCCAUAUUCUUAGUGAUAUCAAGGCAUCUCAGCUGGGUUGAGGACAGAGCUCUUCACCAAGAUGAGAUCAUUUCCAAUUUUCUUUCUGCAGUUAUACAAUGCUUUUAGUAAGACCAGCAUGUCUUUUCAGUUGAAUGAAUCUGAGUGAAAACAAGAUUGAUUAUGGGGUGCAUGCUUGAUAUAAUUUAGCUGUUAAGGAAUGGUUUUGGUCCUGAUCAAGCUUGACGCAGGGUCUUCUUGUUCACAAAAACAUCCAUCAGGUUUCCAACAUGACAUAUUACUGUUUCUGCAGCAGUAACAAUUUAAAUGAAUUUUUGCUAAGGUCUUCUAAACCUGACGGAUUCCCAUAAAACACUCAUGCAGAAUAUUUGGCACCAGACCAGACAGGUCUCUUUUGAACUGAAUAUAUAUUAUAAAUGUGAUACGGUAAGAAAAAAAAAAAAAAUUCUGUGAGAGAUCAUCAAGGUUUGAAUUACAAAGUAGGCUAAAUAAUGGCGUUCUUUACCCAAAUUGCACGCAGCCCUCAUCACAAAUCUUGGCAGUUCCCAGCAAAAGAGAUAAGCUGACAGCACUUUAUUCGCACUUGAUUUUUAAAAUUCUAACCAACAAGUUGGGGCAUAAUAAGACAUGGUUUUUGAGCCCCAGAAAUCAGAGCUUCGUCAUAUAAAUACUGUGUAACCCUAGAUUGGAAUACAGAGUUCUCUGGAAAAGCACAAGCAGGGGUCUCGAAGCCUUAAAAAGCAGUCUUUGUUCAACGGCUCUCAUUUUCUGACUAAGCUCUGUCUAUAAUGAGGAACUUUCAGGUACUUCUGCUGGUCUUUGCUGUGGUGAUUGCCACUAACAUCCACAUCCAAGCAAAACCUCAGCUUGGAGAUUCAGAUAAAUCUCCAGUGGUCAAAUCCAAGCAACAGAGCAAGCCAUGCAGCUGCGUUGGGAGAAGAAAUGCACUGGAGCAGGACAACUGUACAUGUGAGCGGCAACGUCAACAUGGAACGCUCAGCGAAGAGCAGAGAACUUGCCAAAAGAAAAAAUAUAGAAAAUGCCCAAGAUUGAAUAGAGGAAACAAGAAGGAAGAAAAAGGCAUCAGUAUGCCGAUUUAACUCACAGUCACUAAACUCACAAGCUAAAUGCCCUCACGAUUUUAAACAUACAUAUCAAAUCAUAUAUUAAGUAGUGUACUGAACUAUUUUAGUAUAUAUUAUAUUCAGUAACAUUAAUUCUAUUCAAUGUUCUUCAUUCAGAUUUUACAAGUGGUAAAACAUGUACGUACUGGAAAAAUAAAUGCAAGAGCAUUUAAAAAUAAAGCAUGAUGAUGAAGAGGGAAAUUCAUUUGAAUAAUUUGCUUUUAUUUCAUUUUAUAAAUAAAAUAU